AUGUCCCCCUUUCCCAUCUCCGAACUAACCAUCUUCGGCUUCCAUGAUGCCCUCCGCCAGCAGCAGACAACCUGCGCCGCCGUCGUUCGCGCCUACCUAGCACGCAUUGCGGAGUACGACCACACCCUCAAGACACUGCUCUGCCUCAAUCCAGACGCAGAGCACCUAGCCACCCAAAAGGACAUCGAGACUACAGAACUACUCAAACGCAAUGAACCAUUCCCACUUCUCCACGGCGUGCCCAUCGUCCUAAAGGACAACUUCGGCACUUGCGGCCUCCCAACCACCGCCGGCACAAAAGCGCUAGCGAACAUGCGCACCCGCGAGGACAGUGACGUCGUGGCACAGCUACUCCGCGCCGGCGCAAUUAUACUUGGAAAGACGAAUCUGCAUGAAUUUGCCCUGCACGGGACAACGGUCUCCUCGCUCGGUGGCCAGACUCUCAAUCCCUACGACUUAUCGCGCACACCCGGCGGCUCGUCGGGCGGGACAGGUGCGGCGCUAGCGGCGAAUUUGGCGCUGGUAGGGACGGGGACGGACACGAAUAACUCGCUGCGGUCUCCGGCGUCGGCGUGUGCGAUUGUUGGAUUCCGGCCGACGUGGGGGGUUGUCUCGACGAGGGGCAUUGUGCCUGUGUCCGAGACGCAGGAUUGUGCGGGGCCCAUGGCGAGAACGGUUGACGACGUCCAGGUGGUCUUUAACGUUAUGCGAGGACAGAAGCAGACUCAGAUGCAGAGCGGUUCUCGAUCGUCUGGGCGUACGCUCCGGAUUGGUAUAUUGGAUGCAUACUUCGGGGUGGAAGAACCGGAUCACGAAGGCACGGAGCUGCAGGCUGAGAACGAAGAGAUCCAAUCGACCGUCCGCAAAGCACUAGCCUCUUUCCAGGAAGAGAACAAGGAAACAAUAACCCUCGUGCCCAUUGCGGCAUCGAGCCACGAAGACUGGAGCUUCGCCAAUCUCCGCGAAAACGCCGACACCCAACGCUUCGAAUUCAAGUUCUUCCUCGAUGAAUUCCUCCAGUCGCCACUAAUCGAGUACUCAGACCACCGCUCAUUAGAAUCAAUAGCUGAUAGCGGCGACUACCACACCCAGGCCGUGACCGCUGCGUUUGAUGCGGGACUGAAAGACCCAGUGACAUUCUCGCGCACGAGCGAGGCAUAUCGCGAGAGGUUACAGAGAAUCCAUGCCCUGACAGAAGAGGUCCAGCGGGUUUUCGAUGAUAACCAGCUUGAUGCGCUGGCGUACCCGCAUCAGCGGAGACUGGUUGUUCCCACGGGGGGACGGCGCAGGCGGGUAGGAAUGGGAUCUUGGCUGCUUUGA